AUGGGCAACACCACGGCCAUUUGCUGUGACAAGACAGGGACUCUAACAACAAACCGAAUGACGGUUGUAGAAGCACACAUUGGGGAAAAGGUCCUUUUCCUAUCUGACAUGACGAAUGCAAGCUACUGUCACAUCGUGGAUAGUUUCGUUCUCUCAAAGCUCGAACUGGCUAUUGCACUCAACUCCUCCUAUUCAUCUCAACUGCUGCCACCCAAAACAGCCGGCACUAAACCCAUUCAAGUCGGAAACAAGACCGAAUGCGCACUGCUUGGGUUUUUGAGAAUGCUGCGCAAAGACUAUGCCGUCAUCCGUCAAAAUCAUCCAGAAUCUGAAUUUCUGAAAGUAUUUGCCUUCUCUUCUGUUCGGAAGUCGAUGACAACUAUCUUGCUAGCCGACGGCGGUCAAUCACUCCUCUGCUUGACAAAGGGUGCUGCCGAAAUAAUACUUUUAAGAUGCUCCUUUAUGAUGGACGAUCGCGGUAAUCUCACUGAACUUACAAACGGGGCUCGCCUAGACUAUAUUCGGAACAGGAUCGAGCCAAUGGCAAGGAAGGGUCUGCGCACAAUUGCAAUUGCCUACAAAGAAGAUCCUAUAAACACAUCGGAAAACCUUAACGUUGACGAUGAGAGUGCCUGGGUACACGGAUUGAUUCUUCUUUGCGUAGUUGGCAUAGAAGAUCCUGUAAGACCGGAAGUUCCCCUGUCUAUCAGACACUGCCAACGGGCCGGAAUAACGGUUCGCAUGGUCACCGGCGACAACAUAGAGACUGCAAAGUCCAUAGCACUCAAGUGUGGCAUACUGAACAACAACACCAAGGAUAGCCGGGACGCUGUGAUGGACGGAAGAGAAUUCAACAGACGCAUCCGACAUCCAGUGACGGGUCAUGUUUCUCAAGGAAUGUUUGAUGCGGUGAGUCGUGACAUUUUCCACCGCAUAAAUGUUAGGAGUAAAAAUAAAGCCGGAACAGACAAUAUAUAG